CUGCAUGGAGCCUUUAUGGGUCAAGGUACAGGGCCUAUCCAUAUGAACAAUGUUCAGUGUACUGGGCUGGAACACUCUAUUCUAGACUGCUACUUCCAGGAAGUCCAACCAUGGACAUUCAAACACAGCCAGGAUGCCUCAGUACGCUGCAACGUUCCUAAAACAGGCACAGAAAAGACGGUGCGGCUUGCUGGUGGUAGAGUCCCAUCAGAAGGCCGUGUAGAGGUGCUGAUGGAGGUUGGUGGUCGUAAACGCUGGGGCUCUGUCUGUAGUGAGAACUGGGGCAUAACCGAGGCCAUGGUGGUAUGCAGACAGCUGGGCCUGGGCUUUGCUGCCAGUGCUCAUCAGGAAACCUGGUACUGGCCUGGCGACCCCAGUGUCAGCGAUGUGAUUCUCAGCGGAACUCACUGCGUGGGGACAGAGCUUUCAAUUCAACAGUGUCGUCGUAACAACCAUAUCCAUUGUCCUCGUGGAGGUGGAGCAAAGGCUGCUGGGGUCAGCUGUUCAGACACGGCGCCUGACCUUGUUGUGGAUGCCCAGCUGGUCCAGGAGACAGCCUACCUGGAAGACCGUCCUCUCCAUCUUCUGACCUGUGCCAAUGAAGAGAACUGUCUGUCAUCAUCUGCUGCCAGGAUGAACUGGCCUUAUGGCCACCGACGCCUGCUGAGGUUCUCCUCCCGCAUCAUGAAUUUGGGUCGUUCUGAUUUCAGACCCAAAGCAUCGAAAGAGAGCUGGACAUGGCACCAGUGUCACAGGCACUACCACAGCAUUGAGGUGUUCACGCAUUACGACCUGCUGACUCUGAAUGGCACGAGGGUUGCAGAGGGACACAAGGCCAGUUUCUGUCUGGAGGACACAUAUUGCCCUGAUGGCCUCCAGAAACGCUUUUCCUGCUAUAACAUGGGUGAUCAAGGCAUCUCUGUGGGCUGCUGGGAUACAUAUCGCCAUGAUAUCGACUGUCAGUGGGUUGACGUGACUGAUGUACGGCCAGGAGACUACAUAUUCCAGGUGGAAGUCAACCCCUCACUGGACAUGGCUGAGUCUGACUUUAUGAACAAUGUUAUGAGAUGUCGGUGCAAAUAUGAUGGCCACAGAGCUUACAUGUAUGGAUGCCAUGCAGGUGAUGCAUAUAGUGCAGAAACUGAAGACCUGUUUGAGCAUCAGAGGCAAAUCACCAACAACUUUCUGUAGCCUGUCCCAGGAUCCAGGAGG